AGUCCUGGAUCAAGCUGAGUAUCUCCACGUUUAGAUGCAUAAAUACUAUUUUGUUAAGAUCUUACGUUUGUGGUAUAAGAACUUGAAGGAAAUAGAACUGAUUUGUUAUUUCUAAAAGAUUUGUAAGACUCCAGGGCCUUCCAGCCGUGAAUAAUCUGAUGGUUCCUGAAAUGACUGGGGAAACAGACGCUUCGUAUGGCAGUUGAAGAGUGUGUGUCUAUGUGCAUUUAAAACCUUCUUUCUGUACUUACACAUUCACACGGGAAGACAGGCUCAUUCUUGUGCACACUUGAGAGUUUUACAACUGAUGAAAAUUAAUUUAAGAAUCAGAUGGAGCAACUUGACACCACUGGGCUCAGGAGCCCGGGGAGAAAAAUACAUCACUAAUGGCCAAUUUUCCAUAUGGUCUGCAUGGGUAAAGAAAGUCUGCAAAAAGAAGAAAAAAAAAUUUGCACAGAUUAAGCCACAAAAAUACCUUCCAGUUUAAAGAAGGAACUAAGUGCGAAGGUGACUGAGAAAGAAAUGUGACUUCAAACAUUGCAGCGGCUCACACAGUGCUUGUUGCACUUUAUUUUUCAGUGGGUUUGGUGAUUUUGAUGGAUUAAAAUUCUGGACUGAAAAGUAACUCCUAUUGUGGUUUUGGCUAGAGGAAAGCAAGUUCAAGUAUGAUGGGACACGUUUGAAUAAUGAACUGAUUCCUUUGCCUAUUUUAAUUAACUGUAUUUGAGAAAUUUUAAUUUAUUAUUUCCCCGUUUCUUUUCCUGCAUCUAUAGGAUAAUAUUGUAAAAUAGCAGUUGAAACCAAUAAUUAUAAAACAAAUAUCAAGGAAAAUCCAAGCAAAGCUUUCUUUUUUUUGGACGAGCGGUGUGGUGUUUGGAGACAGUCUCUGAAUGUGAACAGGAAAGCACCCAUCAGCAAAACACGAUCACUCUCUAGGGAGACAGUUGAGGGAAUCUGACUCUGGCUUCUGCUUUUGUUUUAAGGGAUUAUCUUCCCUGUCAAGUCCAAGAAGAUUUGCGUAUGAGAAGAUUACCUGAUGGACUUAAUUCUAAGAUUAGCUUUUUUCAUCAAGAUGGAAAAAGAUCUUUAGGAGCAGAAAAGGGGAGUGCUAACUGGGGGAGCGAGAAGGGAGACGAGCAAAAGAAAUAAAAUCUUGUAGCGUGGCUCUGUUUUGUCAGCAAGAGGAUUUAAGACUCACCCAAGGCAAACACUGGGACCACUGUAAGAGCGCUGGAACAUUCUGCCUCUUGAGUGAAGGGGCCUUCUUUCUAGCCUCUAUGGCACUGAGGGGUGUGCCGGCUGGUGGAGGAGUAGUCCGAUGGAGCCCUGCGUUCCCCGGGGACACAGGGCCAAGCUUUGAGGUGGAAAGUUUCUGGUUCUGAAACAACGGGGAGAGAGUCUGUUUUUCUUCCUACAAUUUGGACUCUUGUCUGCACAAACUCUGGUCUGUUUUGCACGGUUUGUGUGCCUUUUUUUCCCUUUAUGCAAUCUUUUUCAGCUUUAGCAGCAGAAAUUUGUCUAGUUCAGAAAACAUGCUAGAGGGUGGCUUCCGAAGGAAGAUGAUCCUGUGUGUUCUGUCUCUGCAUCCGAACUUCUGAAGAGAAAAAUUCGAGCUAGAGGGAUUCUUAAAGCCUUAAGUUACUUGAAAUCUAUGUAUUUGCAACCCGUUGUCUCUGGAAUCAUUACACUAAACUGGAAUCUCAGGCUGAAUGAGAAUAACCAAGUGGAGUAAAAAGAAGAAAACUGUUUCUUGAUCACCACUUAAUUAACGAUGCUCUUUCUCCAAAGGAUCAGCACGUUCUUCCUCUGAGAACUUGAAAAUAAAAAUGGACCCCAUGUUUUUUUAAGCAUUACCUUUUCUUAGAAGACUGCCAUCAUCUUUUAUAGAGGAAUUUUUUCACUAUGCAUUCGGUGGAUCUUUAUAAAAUACUGACCUUCUAAUUAGAUUCAGGUCAGUCUUAAUUAAAGGGGGAAAAACUCAACGCAAACCAACCACAAAAACAAAUACACCAAUGAAAGUAAUUGGUUUAAAUUUCACAGCAUUAGCAUUACUUUUUAAGUAAAACAGUUCAUUGAAGAAAGUAUGUAUGCAGCGGUGGAACAUGGGCCUGUGCUUUGCAGUGACUCCAACAUCCUGUGCCUGUCCUGGAAGGGGCGUGUCCCCAAGAGUGAGAAGGAGAAGCCUGUGUGCAGGAGGCGCUACUACGAGGAGGGCUGGCUGGCCACGGGCAAUGGGCGAGGAGUGGUUGGGGUGACUUUCACCUCUAGCCACUGUCGCAGGGACAGGAGUACUCCACAGAGGAUAAAUUUCAACCUCCGGGGCCACAAUAGCGAGGUUGUGCUGGUGAGGUGGAAUGAGCCCUACCAGAAACUGGCCACGUGUGAUGCGGAUGGAGGCAUAUUCGUGUGGAUUCAGUACGAGGGCAGGUGGUCUGUGGAGCUGGUCAACGACCGCGGGGCGCAGGUGAGUGAUUUCACGUGGAGCCAUGAUGGAACUCAAGCACUUAUUUCCUAUCGAGAUGGGUUUGUCCUGGUUGGUUCUGUCAGUGGACAAAGACACUGGUCAUCCGAAAUCAACUUGGAAAGUCAAAUUACGUGUGGCAUAUGGACUCCUGAUGAUCAACAGGUGCUGUUUGGCACAGCUGAUGGGCAGGUGAUUGUCAUGGAUUGCCACGGCAGGAUGCUGGCCCACGUCCUCCUGCACGAGUCAGACGGCGUCCUCGGCAUGUCCUGGAACUACCCAAUCUUCCUGGUGGAGGACAGCAGCGAGAGCGACACGGACUCAGAUGACUACGCCCCUCCCCAAGAUGGUCCAGCAGCGUAUCCCAUCCCAGUGCAGAACAUCAAGCCUCUGCUCACCGUCAGCUUCACCUCGGGAGACAUCAGCUUAAUGAACAACUACGAUGACUUGUCUCCCACAGUCAUCCGCUCAGGGCUGAAAGAGGUGGUAGCCCAGUGGUGCACACAGGGGGACUUGCUGGCAGUCGCUGGGAUGGAACGGCAGACCCAGCUUGGUGAGCUUCCCAAUGGCCCCCUUCUGAAGAGUGCCAUGGUCAAGUUCUACAAUGUUCGUGGGGAGCACAUCUUCACACUGGACACUCUCGUGCAGCGCCCCAUCAUCUCUAUCUGCUGGGGUCACCGGGACUCGAGGCUGUUGAUGGCAUCAGGACCAGCCCUGUAUGUGGUGCGUGUGGAGCACCGGGUGUCCAGCCUGCAGCUGCUGUGCCAGCAGGCCAUCGCCAGCACCUUGCGUGAGGACAAGGACGUCAGCAAGCUGACCCUGCCCCCCCGCCUCUGCUCCUACCUCUCCACUGCCUUCAUCCCCACCAUCAAGCCCCCAAUUCCAGAUCCGAACAACAUGAGAGACUUUGUCAGCUACCCAUCAGCCGGCAAUGAGCGGCUACACUGCACCAUGAAGCGCACAGAGGACGACCCAGAGGUGGGCGGCCCGUGCUACACGCUCUACCUGGAGUACCUGGGCGGGCUUGUGCCCAUCCUCAAAGGGCGGCGCGUCAGCAAGCUGCGGCCGGAGUUUGUCAUCAUGGACCCACGGACGGAUAGCAAACCAGAUGAAGUCUAUGCGAACAGCUUGAUUUCUACUGUGAUCGACAGCUGCAACUGCUCAGACUCCAGUGACAUUGAACUGAGUGAUGACUGGGCUGCCAAGAAAUCUCCCAAAAUCUCCAGAGCUAGCAAAUCACCCAAACUCCCAAGGAUCAGCAUCGAGGCCCGCAAGUCCCCCAAGCUGCCCCGGGCUGCUCAGGAGCUCUCCCGGUCCCCGCGGUUGCCCCUGCGCAAGCCCUCUGUGGGCUCGCCCAGCCUGACUCGAAGAGAGUUUCCUUUUGAAGACAUCACUCAGCACAACUAUCUUGCUCAGGUCACGUCUAAUAUCUGGGGAACCAAAUUUAAGAUUGUGGGCUUGGCUGCUUUCCUGCCAACCAACCUCGGUGCAGUAAUCUAUAAAACCAGCCUCCUGCAUCUCCAACCGCGGCAAAUGACCAUUUAUCUCCCAGAAGUUCGGAAAAUUUCCAUGGACUAUAUUAAUUUACCUGUCUUCAACCCAAAUGUUUUCAGUGAAGAUGAAGAUGAUUUACCAGGUGAUGCAAUUUGGACGGAUUGAUGGCAAUGCAUAUAUUCUAGACUUCCAGUACCCGUUCUCAGCCGUGCAGGCCUUUGCAGUUGCCCUGGCCAACGUGACUCAGCGCCUCAAAUGAAGAGACUGGUGUGGGGAGGAGAGAGAUGCAGAGAGCCUUUGGAAGACGUCUUCGGAGAUGCCAGAGGAGCCCUCAAGGGGCCGGAUACCUGGGAGGACCAGAAGCCAACAGCGAAACUGGAAAAGCCCAGCAGGCCCAGGAGAGGGCGCUGACCUGUGGUCAUCAUUUAUUUGGUUGGGCUUUAUUACCUUUUAUUGUCUGUUCUUCUUUUCUUCUUUCAUUUCAGUGGCAUUUGGAAGCAAAGAGUGCUAGGCACCUGCUGUUCUUUCCGGAAACGUAGCUUGGCUGUGGUAAUGCUCUACUGGGCCCUUCAGAAUGAAGACAGACUGCCUUAGAGCCUGCUAUUCUUUCACACAUAGGGAGGAUGCAUUCUCAUGCAUUCUCCUCCAACAUCACCACUAGUGUAAAAGCAAAAAGCUUUUACAAAAUUCUGAAGAUACAGGUUCUUGGGGAACGGGGUGGGGACAGCAUUUGAUUUACACUAAUUAUGUUACUCCCCAAAAGGUGACUUAAUUAAAAUCGGGCAUUUGGGCAGACACACUGUGUUGGACCAACAAAGUAGGAUCUUUUCGGGGUGUUCUCACCAGGUAGAAAUGUGAUUUGCUCAUUGAGGAUGUUGGGGAAGGGACGAAGGGUGAAGAAGAAACUGCACAUAUACACAGGUUCACAUCACUCUGCAGACAGCGGUGUGACUCAGCGUGUGACUUGUAGCAGCAGUACGAGGGCUACACUCCUGUGCUGACGAUGUUUACAUUGAAAGCCUCCACUAGUUUCAUCGUAUGUCAAAGUUCCGUAGGAUCAGUGAUGAUCAUUCAGUAUGACUGGUUCUGGGAGAAGGUGAGAGACAAAAAUGGAAAGAUCCUGGCCUGUGGUAGUGGUAGCAGUUUUCUCAAAUAAUGUGGUAGCCAUCACUAGAUCCCCACAUGCUGAGAAACAGCCUCUACUCUCUCUGCCCUUUUACUUUUUAAUCUGGAACACAUUACUGUAAACGUGAUCUUUCCCGUGAGAUAUCCUGUUCUACGCCUUCCCAUUCUAAAAGUGUGGAUGAGGCUUGAUUUAAAACCACUUCUUUUCUCCUCUUGGCUACAUUAAAAUUCAGUUGACUACAAAUGCUUUCUAUGAAAUUAUAAAUGUUACCAAAAAAAUGUUAAGUGUUCACCAGGGUAUUAAAAUACAUGACUAUGGUCAAAUCUUUGACAAAAUUUUCAUGAUCUUCUUUAAGAAAAAAAGUUGUUUAUUAACUGUACAGACUGUUUACUAAGGAGCUAAACCACUGAGAAAACGUUGUUAAAAUUAUACCUAGGUAGUUGGUUGAUCACACUUUGUUAAUUGUAUUAAAAAAAAACCCUACCUAGAAUAUCUCUUCCCACUUCCUCCUCCUCAUGAGUGGGCAGUGUUCAAGCCCUGAGGACAAAACCCAGUGAUUUUUGUUGUUGUUUGUUUUUUUGUUUUUUCAGUUAUUCUUACCUGUGAUGUUGUUUAGGAUCAGGCCCCUCUCCUGGGCCUGCUGUGCAGGAGCCUGCACAGGAACUAUCUGCUGGCGUUGGGUUCCAAAUUUGGAUUUUAUUUGGAAACAGACAAGUAGAAGAUACUACAGAAAAGUAUUUUCAAAUUUAAAAGUUUUUUUAAUCCCUUGUUUUAGUUAAAAAUUACAAAAGAAACCGACCCAUUUUUUUCCCAGAAUAAGAUGACAUGACAUCACUCCUGAUUCUCUCCAAACCCCAAAGAAAUACUGACGAGGUUUUCUGAUAUGGCAAACGACAUCUCCCAUCUAAUACCAGGGUUUCUCAUUUAUAUUUAAAGUAUUGGGCCUGAUAUUUUUAGUGGGUGCAUUCUUCCAGAAAGAAUUUAGCAAUGUUAUCAGAAUUAAUUCUUUUAUAUGAGUUUCUGUAGCUUGAUAUGGUGUUUCAGUGCUUAUUAGUUGUGCAAUAAUGGUUAUAGCCUGUCAGAUAAUUUAAAUGCAAUUCCCCUGUUUUAUUGUCUAAGAGAUAAUUAUUUAUCUUGCUUUUCAUAGUGUUCUUAGGAAUUAUUUUGUGCUAUGUUUUGGUGAGUUAUGCCCAUUUUAUUUAUUUAGAAAAACAGUAUCUUUGUAAUGACUGACUUGGUUGCAGUAUAUUUUGCUGCAAGAAAUAGGAUAUGACAGAAGGGUUUUUUUUGUUUUUUGUUUUUUUUUUUUUUUGAGACGGAGUCCCACUCUUGUCACCCAACUGGAAUAUAGUGGCACAAUCUCGGCUCACUGCAGCCUCUGACUCCAGGGUUCAAGUGAUUAUUUUGCCUCAGCCUCCCAAGCAGCUGGGAUUACAGGCACCCACCACCACCCUUGGUUAAUUUUUUUGUAUUUUUAAUAGAGAUGGGGUUUCGCCAUGUUAGCCAGGCUGGUCUUGAACUCCUGACCUCAGGUGAUCUGCCCGUCUCGGCCUCCCAAAGUGCUGGGAUUACAGGCGUGAGUCUCCACGCCUGGCCGAUAGAAGGUUUUUUGCUGGGCAAUUUGUAACUUUUCUAAUUGAGAAAAAAUUCAUUUUAAUCAUUUAAAAAUCUUUUUUUAAAUUUUGUGUUAUUGAUUAUAUACAAAGGAGACUUUUUUUGAGAUAACACUCAAAUACUAUUCUCUCUUCUUUUGAAAAUUUUAUUUUUAUCUGAAAAUAAAAGGUGAUCUGAAAUAAAAAGGGGAGGCCUAUUAGAAUGAGAGUAGCCAAGGAAAGAAUUACUAGGUAAUAAGCUUCACUUUCUGUGUUCUAAUUGCUUUUGAGAUAUAAAGACCCUGAAAAAGCCUGUUUGGAACCUGUUUAAUAAGAGCAAAUAUAGGGGAAAAUCCUUGAAAUGAAAGUUACAAAUAUAUGUGAGAAGAAGAAAAUGGAUUUUUUUAGCAAAUAAUUAACUAAGCUUCUAAAUUCCUAGCUCACUCCCCAAAAGGCAUUUUUCCCUGAUGGAGGCACAGGCUUCUGUCUCAGAUGUGUGGCGCGCAUGAGUUUGUACCGGAGUGACCCCAGCAGCCACUGCUCAACUCCUCUCUCCCAGAGGCCUGAAAAGAGAGGCUGCCCUCCUGCGCCAAGGCAAGCAUAAGCUGCGGGCUGUACGCUCCUAGUAGGGUGACUUUUCACUUAAUGGUGGUGGUCUUAUUUUCAACUACGGUUUCAUUCAGUCAGGCUCUGUUGACUAAAUACGACGAAAAUUUAUACUUUAUGCAGGAGAUUUCUAAAAAUUUUAUGUUUAUUAAUAGUUUAUGAAUAUCAAGAUACCUCAUUGAAUUCCCUAAAUUUAAAAGCAGUCCAGUAAAAGGUUAACUGUAUAAAGAAUCUAUGACUUUUUGAGGGAAGUAUGAUAUAUUAACAAAUACAAACAAUUCUAAAUUUGUUUUAGCUCUAACCUCAUCAAACCAAAGGCACAGAUUUGUGUACAAUAUACCCAUUGAAUGUAUAUCCCGAGAAAAACUAGGGCCAAAGAAGCCGGAAAAUCUCAAAGCUCUAAUGGCAGCAUAAAUCAAAGAAUUUUGCAGGCUAAUAUUUUUUAUCCAUAGUCAUUGCUCCCUUGUCAAGUGUCCCACAAGGACAUGGAAGAAUGUGUUAUGUUCAUCCUGUACUCGUAGCAAAAAGUCAGGAAACCCCAGGGUUAAGCCUGCUCUGCCACAAGGUUGGAGGGUGAUCUUGGGCAAGUCCCUGGGGCUGGCUAGGCCUCCAUUUGUCCAUCUGUGAAAUGAAAGGGUCAGCUUGGACAACCCUCUAAACUCCCUUACAGCUCUCACAGCCUAAGAGCGCAACACUAAACAGCCUCAUCAUUCCACUUUUCAUGAGAAGUGUAUUUCACAACAUUGCCUUUGUGGAGAGAAAUAUUUCUUUUCCUGUGUUAAUGAGCUAUGUACUGAAUAUAAACCAGUGCAUUUAAAGUAAUAUCUUUAGAAAAUACACCUCUAAAUGCAUUUGGAAUUGUGUUCUCAUAGAAUACACAAAAGUACUGAUUCUAGGUAAGAGGAGUCUCCACGUGUGUGCCCUGCUCAGCUGGGUGUCCCUGAGAACAGGCCUGAAAUAAGUCACUACUCGUCCCCAAAACCACAGGAAUAUAUACCUAGGUCACCUCAAAUUCCUGAGUGUGCUCUGCCAUGUUACACAGUCUUCAAAUUCAACAGAUUUCUUGAAAAGGAAAGUUUGGCCCAGUAACUGUGGAGAAGGAGUCCAUGGUGUCGCUGUGGGCCUAUAUCAUUUGGCCAAGUCAAUGGUUGUAAGCAAAGUUAGUGGAGACAAAAAUAUGUCCAAAAUGUCGUUUGAGUUCCUGGGAUUUCUGUAACAGCACACAACUCAGAACUCUUCAGCAUUUGUGUGAUUCCUUACCUCUGGCUGAUAAAACUCUGAUGGGUUGUGGCUUACUUUGUUUCCAUUUUCUUUGGCUUUGUGCAAUUUUUGUGUAACUUGUACCUAUAUUUUCUGUUUACAGUUCUUUUUAAGGGGAGGGGUAGGGUUCUAAGAUCUUGUUGUUUAUUGUAGAUAAACAUUUUUUCGUGUUGUAGAAAAGCAUGGGUUAUGCAUUUGACUGAAAAAGGCACUGUAUUAUUUACCAAAGGGGUAUUGUUUUUGCAUUUGUUUAUAAAUGCAUUAUUUUGGUACUGUAAAUUUGGACAUAAUUUCUGAGUUUAUUACUACUGGCAUUUUCUUUUUUCCCUUUUUUUUUUUUUUUUUUAACCAUAAGUGCGCGAUGCAGGUGCAUAGGUCCCAGACCAAACUAGACCACCAGCAUGUUCAUGUCCAGACCUCGGCAGUGGCGUGCACUGCUUGUGCACCUCAGUUCCUCCAGUGUUGGUUUGUUUGUUUUUAAAUUCAGCAUCCUGCUUUGUUUUACUUUACAAGCAAGAUCUGUUGUGAUUCCCAAAUGCGUUUUAAUGAGCUCAUCCUUAUUUGCCUCUCUUCUUAUGUAUUUUGUGUAUUAGAUUGUGCAGGAGAUAUUCUAGAAGGCAUUAAUGGUUUGCAUUCAAAACGAUGUGGUUUGUCCAAGUUAUUUUCUGUCUUUAUUAUUGAGAUGGAUUAAUCUCCUUAUUUUUUUCUUGAUGAUUUGAAGUUGUAAGAGUUGUCCAGCUAUUGCUUAAUAAAAUUUUGCAGAUCAAAAAAA